AAAACUGUAACACAAAGACAACGAGGCAAGGCCCGUGACUUAUCCGUUUCUCUAUUCGGUUCCAUAUUUGUGUCUGUAACGGAUCCGAAGGAUUUCGGGCGGCACGCCACUUUGACAUGGCCGGCCAGCGUCAUCGAUGAAUGGGACGUCGUCUUUAGGUCUUGACUAAGGGUCAAGUGCCCCACUGCGGGCAAGACUUGCUUGCUCCCGGACAUCCCACUAUUCUGGACCUGAAUCUUGCAGUCUGUAUUUCAAUAGGCGGGCCACCGUACGUUUUGCCUGCUACCUCCGCUUUCUGCAGAGACUGCAGACUGAAUGUUACGUACCUGAAUCAGGCUGCACCACUAUCCCCUCUUUUGUUCUCUCAAGACUUCCGUCUCAUAUUGUUAUAUGUCUUGUUAGCUAUUCUCAUCUAUCUGUGACUACAUACAUACUCUUGCUUGCAAUGAAUCCAAGCAACUAUGUCACCAUACUCCCCGCUGCCCCAAACACCAACCUCCAAGCAUACCUUCGAUGACGAAGAAGACAUCCUCCACAACACCCCCUCUAACCUCGAUCUCGCCCUAAAUGGAAGCACAACCCGCAAAGCAGGGGACAACUCCCUCCUCGACCCCGAGUCCUUUAGAAGGUUAUCGAUAAGCACCAUCUCCUCGAUGGGUCGUCCUCGAAGUGUAUCCCCCUACCCAUACACCCCCUCCCUCUCCUCCAAACCAACAACCUUCCUCUCCCGCACCAAGCAAACCCUCAACUCCUUUUGGCACCAAAACCAAGGCCUCUUCUACGUAACCUUCUCCCAGCUCUUCGGCGCUUCCAUGAACGUAGCAGCCCGCCUCCUAGAGCUAGAAGGCGACGGCAUGCGGCCCAUCCAACUCCUAUUCGUGAGACAAGGGUUAACGACGAUAUUGUGUACGGUGUAUAUGUGGUGGGCUCGGGUCCCUGAUUUCCCGUUGGGUGCGAAAGGACUGAGGCGGCUGCUUGUUGCGAGGGCGUUCUCGGGAUUCUUUGGGAUUUAUGGGAUGUAUUACUCGCUGCAGUACCUCCCCGUGGCCGACGCAGUCGUUCUCACGUUCCUGGCUCCGUCUGUGGCAAGCUACGGCUGCUACCUCUUCCUGCGCGAGCCCUUCCCCAAAUCAGCACAAUACGCCUCCCUGAUCUCGCUCAUUGGCGUGGUUCUCAUCGCGCGCCCUACAUCCUUCUUCUCUCAUUCCUCCUCCCUUCCCCUCCCCUCCAACUCAACAAUCGCAGUAGAAGGAGAAGUAGCCUACGACUCCUCCUUCCCCGUCCCAACUUCAGGACAACGCCUCUCCGCCGUCGCAGUAGCCAUGGUCGGGGUUCUAGGCGCAGCAGGAGCAUUCACCUCCAUCCGCUGGAUAGGCAACCAAGCGCACCCCCUCGUUUCCGUGAACUACUUCUCCAUCUUCUGCACCAUCGUCUCCGGCGCCGUCCUCUCCCUCUCGAAGCCCCUGCAGCUCUCCGACUCGCUCUCCUUCGCGCUGCCCAACGGCCCGCGCCAAUGGUUCCUCAUCCUGUUCCUGGGCAGCUGUGGGUUUAUCAUGCAGUAUUUACUGACGCGAGGCCUGGCGGUAGGCGGGAGAGGAAAUGGUGCGCGCGCGACGAAUAUGAUUUAUACGAACAUGUUGUUUGCGCUGGCGCUGGACAAGGUUGUUUUUGGGCAGAGUCCGGGGUGGUGGAGUUUAGGGGGAAGUGGAUUGAUUCUCGGGAGUGCGGUGUUUGUUGCUGUGAAGAAGGGGCAAGCGGGGGAGACGAAUGCCGGUGUUAGGGGGAGGGAUGAGGAGGCGGGAAAUGGUGGGGGAGAGGAGGAGAUGGCGAUGUUGGGUGGGGGAGCGGAUUUGGAUGAGGAGGAAGUGGAAGAACAGGGGGCGGGAGCGCGCGUGGAGGUCGAAUUGCGUGAUUUUCCUCCGCGGGGUAACGCUACCGCGUGAGGGCAAAGGAAAUUUUUCGCUGGGCUGAAACACAAUUCAGCCUUGUAAGGGAAUUGUCGUAUGAGGCAUUUGUAAGGUGUUUUGAGGGCGUUUUGGAUGUCGGUCAUAAGACUUAGUCUUUGGUAUCGGAUAGAGCGGAGUUGGAGCAUCUCCUCCCGAUAGAAAGAUUACCUCGUGAUUUAUAAUUCAAUAACCACUUACGAGAAAUUUGAAAACCGGAAGCUUUGAAAUCGUGGGGUUGAAACAUGUUUUGGUGAACUUUGCUCGGUA